ACGACCAAAAUCGCAUUUGACUAAAAGCAGUCCUCCAUUUUGAAUGAAUGAAUAACACACAAAAUGAAAAGUUUUCAUUAUCGUUACGAAUGGCUUCGAUUGGAUGCGAUAGGAUUUUAAUUAAGUUUAAAUAGAGUCAGAUAUGUCUAUUAGAUAGAAAGUUAUCGGGAUGAAUCAGAAAAGUUCGGGUCUCCGAGCACCCAAUAAAAUUAAUAAACCAACUUCGUUGCCACUGAUUAACAAAUCGACGCCCCAUGUACCCGCACAGGCCGAAGCUGCAGCCGACACCAAGUCCGAAGCUGGUGAUGCUCCUGCAAACAUGGAGCAAUUCAAGAUCGGCGAUAGAAUUUGGGUGAAUGGAACAAAGCCGGGAUUUAUUAAGUACAUUGGCGAGACACAGUUUGCUCCUGGAGAAUGGGCGGGAAUCAUUUUGGACGAACCCGUGGGGAAAAAUGACGGUUCGGUUGGAGGCAUUCGUUAUUUCCAGUGCGAACCCAAAAGAGGUGUGUUCGCUCGCCUUCACAGGCUCACGCACGCUCCUACGGAUGCCGAAGGGGACGUUAGUGUUGUUAAUGGAACUGCAAAAUCAAAUAGUGGACUAGGUGUUUCCAAAUCAGUGAGUUCGUCUUCAACCAAGUUAGCAGCAACUGCAUCACCUGCAGGCAGCAUUAAAACUGUUACUCCACCCAGUUCUAGGACAGCUUCAGUCAGUGGUAAUACAAGCUCUCCUCCCAGAGUUGGUGACAGAGUUGUUGUCAAUGCUACGAGUGGCACGAAAACAGGUGUUCUCCGGUAUCUCGGGACUACAGAAUUUGCUGCCGGAGAAUGGGCCGGAGUCGAAUUAGACGAACCAGUGGGCAAGAAUGACGGAUCCGUAUCAGGGAAAAGGUAUUUUGAGUGUCAAAUGAAGUACGGUCUGUUUGCUCCCGUCCACAAGGUUAGUAGGGUCGGAUCAACAAAUACUCAAGGAAGAAUUACCAGGUUGUGNAAAUCGGUUAGAAGCGCAGCUACAAAUGUUUCAGCAACUAACACCGCUCUACAGGAAGCUCUCAAAGAAAAGGAAGAACAUAUAGAACAGCUUCUGAAAGAAAGAGAUUUAGAAAGAGCUGAAGUGGCAAGGGCAGCAACACAAGCAGAUGAAGCCGAACAAAAGUUAGUGUCUUUCAAAUCAGAACACAACAGAUUUGUCGAAGAUUAUGAAAGGAAUGCAAUGCAAAUGAAACAACUCCUAGAAAUUACAGAAAAAGAACGGAAAGAGCUAUUAGCUCAGUUAGAAGAUGAACGAAGAAAAGUUGAGGAUUUGCAGUUUAGAAUUGAAGAAGAAUCCAUAUCGAAGGCUGAUUUAGAGGCUCAAUCAUUGAAAGAAGCCGAAAGGAUAAAGGAGUUAGAAAACUUAUUAGAAAUGGAAAAACGAAGUUCAAGGAUUCUUGAAGAGUCUAGCAGCAAAACUGCAGCUAUUGACGAAAUGCUAAAAAAGUAUAAAGAAGAUAAUGAAAUUUUAAAAAUGCAACUUGAAAAUGCAGAAAGAAGAGUUAAAAAUUUAGAAUCUAGUCAGAUGCAAGAAAGUGAAAGAAUUUCUCAACUACAAGCAGAUCUUGUUCGCAAAGAUGAAAAUAUUUUGCAGCUUGAAGCAUCAUUUGAAGGCAGAAAGAGAGAAGUUUCCGGUCUUCAGCAACGGAUAUCUGAAAUGGAAGAAGAAUUAGAACAAAGUAAACAAAAGCAACAAAAACAUUUGGAUGUUAUAGAUGAUUUAAACAUCAAGCUAAGAAAAUCUGAAAAAUCAUCAUCUGAACUUAACGAAGAACUUCAUAAUUUAAAAUUACAUUCUGCUGAUAUUGAGAGACAGUUACGAGCAAAUGAGGAAAAGAACGAAGACUUAUCUAAACAAAAAGCAAAAUUAGAAGAACAAAUGAAAGAACUAACGAAAUCUUCUGGAAACAGCUCCGAGCAGCUGACUCGACUUAAUAAAGAACUUAGAGAGAAAGAGAAAUAUUUAGAAACAUUAAGAGGACAAUUAGAAAAGGCAACUGAAGAAUAUCAAAAACAAAAUGAUCUAGUUGAAGAGAUCAAGAAAGAAAAGGCUCGGGAGAUAGAACAGUUGAAUGAUAAACAUAAAAAAGAUUUGCAAGAAGUUCAAAUACAACUUUUGAAUACAGAGGAAAUAUUGCAGCAAAUCAAGCAGAGAGAUGAAGCAAAUGAUAAGAUGAUAGAAGAACUUAACACAAAGUUGAAAAAUUCUGAAAAAUUAUCUUCUGAUCUGAAAAAGGAAUUUAAUUCCAUUAGUCUAAAAUCUGCAGAUUUAGAAAGACAGUUGAGAGCAAGUGAAGAAAAGACAAAAGACUUGACAAAAAGGAAAGUACAACUUGAAGAAGAAGUGGCAGAGUUCAUGAAAUCAUCUGGAAGCAAUUCUGAAAGACUAACAAAGAUGAAUGAAGAAAUUCGUGAAAAAGAAAGACAAUUGGAGGACAUCAAAUCGCAAGUGCAGAAGUUUAAACAAGAAAAUGGAAAACUGAAAGAUACCAUUGAACAGGUUAGAAAGGAUCACGAGAAGGAAACGGAAGCAGUAAUUGAUAAUCACAAGAAAGAAGUACAGAGUCUACGAAGAACGUUGAGCAAUGCGGAAGAGGAAUUGCAACAGAGUAAACAGAAACAGCAAAAAUUUCAAGAAACAAUCAGUGAUCAAGAAGAACAAAUAAAGAAACUUCAGUCUUCUUCGUCUGCUCUAAAUGAAGAACUCUCUUCAUAUAAAGCAAAGACGCAGGAUACUGAAAAUCAAUUGAAAGCUAGCAUAGAGAAAUGUACUUGCUUAGAAGAAGCAAAAUCCAAAUUGGAAGAGCAAGUUUCAGAGUUGAAAAAGUUAUCAACAGCCGGAUCGGAAGAGUUAACAUCUCUUAAGAAUGAACUGAAUAAGAAAAAAGAUAAAUUAGAAGAACUUAAGAAGGAACUUCAAAAAAUGACGCAAGAAAACGAGAAAUGCUCCAGCGAGAUCCAACAUUUGCAACGAAAACAGUUAGAAGAGACAAGACGACUCACCGAAACUCAUGCCGAUGAGAAAGCUCGAUUAGAAAAGAAAUUGGACGAUAAGGAAGAAGACUAUAAAAUAUCACAAGAAAAGAUUAAAACUCUUACAAAUACAAUUAAUGACAAGGAAUUAUUGAAUUCUUCGAAAGAUUUAGAGAUCUCAAGACUGCAAAAAGAAGCACACCAGUUGGAAAGCUCGGUCACUGAUCUGAACGUUCAGUUGAAUGACCUGAAGAUGAAACUGGAACAUAAAACAAACGAAGACUCUCUGAAUCGCGAAAGCCUCGAGACUCGAAUCUCUCAUUUACAAGUGGAACGAGAUAAAUUUAUGAUGGAGAAGGAAGAGCUAGUGCAAGAACUAAAAUCCAAAGAAAAACUUAACACCCAGUUAAAAGCAGAGUGUGAUAAUCUAUCAAAGCUGAAAAUGGAUCAUCAUGCUGCAAUGAUAGAAAAAGAAACGCAAGUAUCCGUACUGAGAGAAGAAGUGGGAAGGCUACAGUCGGAGUUUACACGUCACAAAGAGGAACUCAUGUCUAAGUUGGCCGAGAAUCAGCUAGAAGCGAAGGCUAUGGAGGAUCUCCACAAGCAGAUGGAAUUGGAAAGAAACCUGUUAGAGGAAACUAGAAACAAAUUAAUGAAGGUCGAAAAUGAACGCAAAGAAUUAGCAAGUCAAGUGAACAUGCUUAAAAUUGUUAAGCAAGAAAAGGAAGAGUUAGAAAACAAAACUACGGAGCUACAAAGGCUGUUAGAAGAACAGAAAGAAAGGGAAACAAAAUUACGCCAUUCUUUUGAAAGUGAACAGGAAAUGCUACAGAAAACCGUAAAUCAAAUGCAGACGCUCAUAAAACAGAAAGAGGAAGACAUUUAUCAACAGAAUCAAAAGUUAAUUGCUCUUAGAAACGAUGACAGUAAAUUGCUCAAUUAUAAAUCUUUAGUGGAAGCUGCAGAACAAGAGAAAAAAUUAUUAGAAAACAAGAUCGUAGAGUUACAAGUGGCUCUGGCUCAUUCUCAAGUAAAUUCUAAUACGACAGAUUUGGGAUAUGAUAAAAUUAAAGAAGAGAAAGAAACGUUCGAAAGUCAAAUCGAAUUUCUCAAUUCUGUCAUAGUAGACAUGCAGAAGAAAAAUGACGAGUUGACUGCCAGGAUACAAAUACUUGAAACAGGAGAAAUAUAUGAUGGCAGCGAUUUGAACUUGAACGGAGUCAAGGGGAUCGUCAAACCUCGACUUUUCUGCGACAUAUGUGACAUGUUUGACUUGCACGACACGGAAGACUGUCCGCGUCAGGCUUCCACCGAAGACGACAACGCCCAUUCCAAGCAUCAUGGUAAGAGACACGAGGAGAGGCCAUACUGCGACAUCUGCGAAGUAUUCGGGCACUGGACAUCGGACUGCGACGACAACGAGACGUUUUGACGCCUCACGGUGGAAAAGUCCGAACUUUAAACAUUUUUAAACUAGGCCAAUCGUUGCUACUGUAGUUGUCAGUUUGUUAAGAGGGUUAGUUUUUUUAUAGUUUCUAAAAAAAGCAAAUUAAUAGCGAUUUUAAAGGUACGUUUUGCCAAUUCGCCUUACUAAGUAACCAUUUACAAAAUACCCUUCGGCCAGUCGGGUCUGUUGUAAUCGAGCUUCGAUUGUUGCAAGUUGUUUUCACGACAAAAAAUUAAAACCAUCCGCUCACGCUGGGCCGAGCCGAGAUGUUUGACGGCGUAGCCGUACUUAACGUACGCGCCGCACGAGCUACGUAACAAAUCGAAUUAUCGUCAGUUGUAUAUUACGAGAUUUUAGUUUUUAAGAUAAACGUGAUAACUAAAUCAUCUCACAAAACGUUGACUUAUAAGAUAUUGUUUCCUAUGAUUGUAAAGUACUUAAAAGAAUAUUUGAGUUAUACAUGUUAAUAAAUUAUGCUUACAUCAG